CUCUCUCUCUCUUCAUCCCUCUGUCUAUCUGCUCCUCUUAUUCCGCUCACUCCCUCUAGUCGCGGUUAACGGGCGUGCGGUUGCCAGGAGAGACGCGUGUGCUACACCGUGUACAGCUUUAACGGCAGAGCGGCACGGGCUCUCCCCCGCCAUUUCCUCGUGUCGAGCCGUGGAAUGUCGAGCAGCGGCUCGGGCUCUUCCUCGCGGAAGGAGUUCGAUGUGAAGCAGAUCCUCAGGAUCCGAUGGAGGUGGUUUGGUCACCCCGCGGUUCCUCCGCCUCACUCCCCGCCGCUGGGAGACUACUUUGCCGGGAGGGGAGCGGGAGGCAGCUCCGGAGACGGACCUUCAGUUAGCGGUAGUAGCAACUCGAAUUCAACCAACGUAACGCCCAGCUCCGGGAGUCAUAGCGGUUUAGUGGCCAGCGGCAGCGCCGGGUCUAACCUGUGUAACGGUAGCAACAGAAAGUUUGCUGAUCCGACUGGAGGGAGUCGGGGCGGUCCAAGAGGCGCGGCAGCGGGAGCAACGGGCAGCUCCUGUCCCCGCUCCUUCAGCCAGCCGGAGUGUAGGAGCUCCGCAGCGGCGCUGUCUUGGGUCUCCCCGCCGCCACACCGUCGCUCCCGGCCGGUGACGAGCAUGGAGCUCCCCGUCGAGGCUCCGGUGGCUCAGCCUUUGCCCGAACCCUCCGCUCAGGUCGGGGCUGAUGAGGAGGCGGCACCAGCAGCGUCGGGCACCGAGGAGAUUAACCACCCGGAAACUGACUCUAGCUCCUGCAGGACGUCGAACAGCAGCGCCACACUGUCCUCGUGUGUGUCCAUGGAGCCCUGUGCGUGUCCAGAGGAGUCUAUGUUCACGGCUAUGUCCCACGCAGAUGUCACCUUCUCCAAGAUGGAGGGCUACCUGAGGUCUCGACAGCUGUGUGAUGUUGUGCUGGUGGCUGGAGAGAGGCGGAUACCUGCGCACAGGCUCGUCCUCUCAUCAGUGUCCGACUACUUUGCAGCCAUGUUUACCAGUGAUGUCAGGGAGGCCAAGCAGGAUGAGGUGAAAAUGGAAGGAGUAGACCCUGAUGCAUUGUGGGUCCUGGUGCAGUAUGCAUACACAGGCCGGCUUGAGUUGAGGGAGGACACCAUCGAGUCUCUGCUGUCAGCGUCUUGUCUUCUCCAGUUGACAUCUGUGGUUCAGGCAUGCUGCUCGUUCCUCAUGAAGCAGCUCCACCCUUCUAACUGUCUGGGUAUCCGCUCCUAUGCUGAUGCUCAGGGCUGCCAUGACCUGCAGCGGGCUGCUCACGCCUACACUAUGGAACACUUCCUAGAUGUUGUUGGAGGCCAGGAGUUCCUGCUUCUCCCGAUGGAAGAGAUGGAGAGGCUGCUGACGUCUGAAGAUGUAAAUGUGCCUGACGAGGAAACCGUGGUCACAUCUUUGCUAACGUGGGUCGGACAUGAUGCUGCCACACGGCAACGUCACUUACCAAGGCUGAUGUCUCACGUUAGACUGCCAUUGCUGCAGCCACAGUUCCUGGCAGACCUUGAGUCAAACCCUCUGCUGCGGGACAGUAUCGAGUGCCAGCGGCUGCUGAUGGAGGGGAUGAAGUAUCACCUCUUGCCCCAACGGCGGCCUCUGCUUCAAAGCCCCCGUACCCGGCCCAGAAAGGCCACUGUAGGGGCCAUGUUUGCUGUAGGGGGGAUGGACGCAACAAAAGGAGCGACCAGCAUCGAGCAGUACUGUCUGCGUAGGGACACCUGGAGGCAGGUGGCCACCAUGAGUGGACGUAGACUUCAGUUUGGUGUAGCUGUCCUUGACGGUCGUCUUUAUGUGGUGGGAGGUCGAGAUGGACUCAAAACCCUCAACACUGUGGAGUGUUACAACCCACACAGUAAGACCUGGAGCGUCAUGCCUCCCAUGUCCACGCACAGGCAUGGCUUAGGUGUAGCUGUCCUAGAGGGGCCCAUGUACGCUGUGGGAGGACAUGAUGGUUGGAGCUACCUCAGUACUGUGGAAAGAUGGGACCCCCAAGCUCGCCAAUGGAGCUUUGUUGCAAGCAUGGCUACACCCAGAAGCACAGUGGGAGUUGCGGUACUGAAUGGAAAGUUAUAUGCUGUAGGGGGUCGUGAUGGCUCGUCCUGUCUUCGAUCAGUGGAGUGUUUCGACCCACACACCAACAGGUGGAGUGGCUGUGCUCCGAUGGCCAAAAGGCGUGGAGGUGUGGGUGUGGCCACAUGGCAUGGCUUCCUGUAUGCCAUUGGAGGUCAUGAUGCUCCAGCCUCAUCACUUGCAUCUCGACUAAGUGACUGUGUGGAAAGGUACGACCCUCAGACAGAUGUGUGGACAGCAGUCGCCCCCAUGAGUAUCAGCAGAGAUGCUGUUGGUGUUUGCCUCCUCGGGGACCGCCUUUAUGCUGUUGGUGGAUAUGACGGGCAGGUCUAUCUCAAUACUGUUGAAGCUUACGACCCCCAGACAAAUGAAUGGACACAGGUGGCACCUCUGUGCGUGGGCAGAGCAGGGGCAUGCGUGGUGGCUGUCAGACUGUGAAAACAACAACAUUCAGUGGAGGACUUUCAGGAUUUUGCUCAGAGACCCCGGUCUUUGCCUCCCCUGAUGUACAACCCAUCUACCUGCCAGUGUGAGCUCAACGCCAGGAAGUGAGAGAUUGAUCACUGAACACACUUUAGUGGAGGCAUAUUUUACUCUCUGUACAGCAGUCUAAAUUUCAUUUCAAUGUUUAGGGUUUGCUUAGGGUUGUGCUGUGUGAUGGGUUUCUUGACAGAGUUUUCACAUUCAAACUUCUUGAUAACCUCUCCUGUUGAAAUGAACCAUCACAGACACCCACGAUGAAGAAGAUACUGCAGUGUUUGUGUGAGCAUGACAGAACAGCUGUCUCCCAGUUUUUUUUUUCACCUUGCCUAUUAUUUUGUUCCCGUAGACAGCAUGGGACACACAUACUCACACACAAACAUAGGAGGCUGCUUUCAGCUUCUAUUUCUGUCUAUAAAAAAGAGAGAGAGAGACUGUCAGACAGUUGAGAUGCCUCAUCAUUUUACACUUUUCCUAACAUUAACUGAUGGUGUGGUUUGAUGCUAUUUUAAUAUAGUCCCCAUUAUUUUCUGCCGCAGUCUGCCAGCACUCUGCUCUCUCUUUCCUACUCCUUCCCUCUGACAGAUUAAAGAAAGACUUUUGACAUAAUCAGCACAACCUCAUGAACAGCAGUGUAAUAAGAAACUGAUGCUUUUUAUUCUUCUCAGACAAAACAUUACGCGCUUUCUAAUAUUUUAUGUCUUCUGUGUUGCAUCAGCUCACAUCUGAGGCAUACACAGUGUCUGUGAAGUGCAGGCUUUUUUAGGUCUUUAGUAAAUUUUUCAACUUUUCCUCAAACUUUCCCUUUUAUCUUUUGUUGUUACUUUGUAUUUUUCAAAUUAUUCACAUGAUUUAGCUUUCAUAUGGUAUGCAGUCUGAGUAAUAGAAACCACAAAUGUUCCUUUUUGUUGAUCUCUGUAGGCAGACUUGUUUUAUCCCCUACAGAGCAAAGUCUCACCUACUUUACAGUGCCUAAAAAAAAUAUUCACCCCCUUGGAUGUUCUACCCUUUUAUUGAGUUUAUUAAUCAAUCCUGGUCAAUCUAUUUUUUUUUAUACAAAAAAAAUGUACUAAAAAGAUCUUAAAUGUCAAAGUGAAAACAGAUUUCUACAAUGUAAUGUCAAUUAAAUAGAAAUAUGUAAUA